CCGAAAAGCACAAGGCCUACAGUUUGAAAGCUCUCGGGGAGUGCAGCGAACAGCAAACGCUAGCUACUUUGCGAACAAAGUUUACGAUUUCUUUUUGAAAAUCAAACAUAUUUAUCAGUCCCACUUGAACCUGAAAUUGCUCUAAAACGCUUUGUCGGACGCCCCGGCUGCCAAACAGGAAUACCGUCUCGAUCGGAUAUGCGGACGCAAAUGUGCUUUUGAAUGGCAUUGUUGUGCUGUAUCUCGCCGGAGUGGACUUGAACUCCACGCCAGGAGAAAGGAAGGCUAGCUUAGCGGAUGCUAACUUGCUCGCGACCUGCCACAGGCAACCUACAGCCAGCUCGCGUGCUACUCUACUUCCUGGUUGCACACUGGGAGCGUGUUAUGGGAGCCGUGAAGAAGUUUGUGGACCGGGAGCAUGUAUUUUAUUCACUUUAACUCCGCGUGAACGAAUGGAUUCUACGGUCUCUGUGUGCCGCGUCGUGGCGUGAGAAGCCCGUGUGUGUGUGAGAUCUGAAAGCUCUUCGGGCCCUGAGUGGAGCGGAAUGCGACUGUCUAGUUUGGGACACAAUUGCUAGCUAGUGUGUGGCUAGCUAGCCGGAUCGGCUAGCCGACAGCUUGUCCACGAAGCAGAGGUGCACAAUGAUUGUAUUGUUGUGGGUUUGACUCGACUUCUUGGUAAACUUGAUUUGCAAACCGAGGCGAUGCUGUUCCUGUGUAGAGAGUGUGGAGGAACAUCAGUAGAUCACUUCAUAGGGUCAGCGGCUAUCCUCCAGUGAGCUACUUUAGGAAUGCUAUCGCUAGGCUACCACUCGGCUAGCUGGGUGGCUGUGUGAUUGUUAAUUUGCUGGAAGGUUAGCAGCUAGCUUGCUAUACGGCUGGCCAAAUGUUGUGCUACGUGCGUUGGGGAGUUUAGUUGAGUGGGCAGAGACACUACGGAGAACAACCGCCCCCCCCACAAGCCGUGAGUGUAUCUUAUAUUUUCUAAAUAAAUGCCUAACACAGAGGUACUCCGGGAGGCUCGGGGGAGAAGCCCCUCUUCACAGAGGAAUGCUAAGCGACAGGAGAGGCGCAGUAAACCUGGAGGCGGCGGCGUGGAGCGAGAGGGGCACCGAGAGAAGAGGCGCUCGUCAGUGUCUCGGAAGAAGAAACGCCGACAGCCCAGGGACCCGCUGUCCGUCGGCACGUCAGAGCUGCCCGUCAGCGGACGGAAAGGCACUUUGGAAAGGGAGAGCGAGCUCCAGACUUUGGUGGAGUACGACGACGUGAGCUCGCAGUCGGAACGCUUCUCUGGAAGCCCGUCUCCCAAACUUGACCCGCAUGCUGAUCGACUCUCUGUCGACCGGCACAGCGAGAACGACUUCGAAUAUAACGGACCUGCGUCCCCUGGUCGGAGGCACCAGCGGGACAGGGACGCAGUGCUCCCGGCAAAAGACGCCCCGGCGGCCAGGGGCACCUCAGAUAGGACUAGGCCGGAGAAGGAGCCCCGAAGAAAGGAGCGACAGAGUCACGAACGGGACUCCUCUAAAGUUCGGGGUGGGAGUGCGUUGAGUGGCUCUAAAAACAGGGACUCUUCCAGGAGUAGUGACAGAAAUGGCAAAAAGUCAACGACAGCCCAGCCGACCGUGGUCCCCGCGGAGAAAAGGGAUGUGAAACGACACAAAAGCGCAACGAGGUCUGACAGACCCGAGAAGGAACCGCCAUCUGCGUAUAGAGAAGCUCCACAGUCUUACCGGGAUGACCGGGAAGAGGUCAGGGGUUAUCGGAGGAGCCCCGUUUUAAAGUCUGAGAGCCCCUACGGUACUUCGUAUCCUUAUGGUUACCAGUCCCCCAGUGGGUACAACCAGCCGAUCUCUAGGAGGAGCCCCACGUACGGCAACAAGAGGCUUUCCCCGAGCUCUGCGUACUACAGCCGGGACCCGGAUUUCUACCAGAGCUACGGCGCAUCCAAGUCUCCCAGCUCGUAUCCGAGCAGCAAGAGGAGGCGGUCUCCGACCAGCCCUGCCACCUGGCGUAGGUCACCCAGCUUUGGACGCCACAGUCCCUACGAACAGGGAGAGUUCGGCAACAGGAAGUCCCGGAGCCCGUACAGAAAGUCACGGAGUCCGAGUCCCGAAGUCAGGCGCCCGGCGAGGUCCCGCAGCAGGAGCCCGUUCGCGUCGACGCGACCCUCGCGGUCCCGCAGCCACCACCGCCACUCGCGCUCCCGCAGUCGGCCCUCCAGCCUCUCCCCCAGCACCAUCACCUUCAAGACCAGCCUGGCGGCGGAGCUCAGCAAGCAGAAGAAGGCCAAGGCCGCCGAGGCCGCCGCCAAGGCCAAGACCUCCAGCAACGCCUCCACCCCCACCAAGGGGCACUCCACCUCUGCGGCCCACCAGCCCAGCCCCAAGACCAACCAGCACACCUCCAGGAAGGGUCGGCCGCCCUCGCCGCCACAGCCUCCGCAGGGGCCCAAGACGCCCCCGUCCAGCCAGCCCCAGUCCCCCGCCGAGCGGCCCGCCAAGAGGAGCGCGGAGCCCCCUAAGGAGCGCGAGAGGGAAGGGAAGGGGAAGGAGGACAAGAGGAAGGCGCCGCCGGUGUUGAUGAAGGACAAGCAGGGGGCCGCAGCGGGCCCACUCCUCGCCGCGCUGGCAUCUAUGCCGCUACCCCACGCUGUUGUCGAGCACAUGGACAAAGGAGAAAGCCUGAAGGACGGCACGCUCUCAGGAAAGAAGAAGCUGGAACGCAAAUCCCGCCAGCUUCUGACGGACCUGCCCCUUCCCCCCGAGCUUCCCGUGGGCAUCAGCUCCCCCGCUUCGACCCACAGCCCCGCGGAGGAGAAGAAGAACCAUCUCCCGCGCCGCAGGCCCAAGAUCUGUGGAUCCCGGUUUGGUGAGAUCAAAGAGACGGAGAUCGACUGGGGCAAACGCUGCGUGGACAAGUUUGAGAUCAUCGGAAUCACGGGCGAGGGCACGUACGGCCAGGUGUACAAAGCUAAGGACAAGGACACGGCUGAGAUGGUGGCUCUGAAGAAGGUUCGCCUGGACAACGAGAAGGAGGGCUUCCCUAUCACCGCCAUCAGGGAGAUCAAGAUCCUCCGACAGCUCAACCACAAGAGCAUUAUCAACAUGAAGGAGAUCGUCACGGACAAAGAGGACGCUCUGGACUUCAAGAACGACAAAGGUGCGUUCUACCUUGUGUUUGAGUACAUGGACCAUGACCUGAUGGGGCUGCUGGAGUCCGGCCUGGUCCACUUUAACGAGAACCACAUCAAGUCGUUCAUGAGGCAGCUGUUGGAGGGGCUGGACUACUGCCACAAGAAGAACUUCCUGCACCGAGACAUCAAGUGCUCCAACAUCCUCCUCAACAACAAGGGUCAAAUCAAGCUGGCGGAUUUCGGUCUUGCUCGACUGUACAACUCAGAAGAGAGCCGACCGUACACCAACAAGGUGAUCACCCUGUGGUACCGGCCCCCGGAGCUGCUGCUGGGGGAGGAGCGCUACACGCCGGCCAUCGACGUCUGGAGCUGUGGAUGUAUUCUGGGGGAACUGUUCAUUAAGAAGCCCAUCUUCCAAGCCAACCAGGAGCUGGCCCAGCUGGAGCUCAUCAGCCGUAUCUGUGGCAGCCCCUGUCCCGCCGUGUGGCCAGAUGUGAUCAAACUUCCCUUCUUCAACACCAUGAAACCAAAGAAACAGUACAGAAGGCGCCUACGCGAAGAGUUUGCCUUCAUCCCGCCCUCGGCGCUGGACCUGUUCGACCACAUGCUGAACCUGGACCCCAGCAAACGCUGCACAGCGGAGCAGGCGCUGGGGAGCGAGUUCCUGAAGGACGUGGACCCCGACAAGAUGCCCCCGCCAGACCUCCCCCUCUGGCAGGACUGCCACGAGCUCUGGAGCAAGAAGCGCCGGCGUCAGAAGCAGAUGCCCGAGGAGCCGGCGGCCCCCAAGGCCCCGCGGAAGGAGCUGGGCCUGGACGACAGCCGCAGCAACACGCCCCAGGGCUUCCCCGCACCCGGGCCUCUCAAGGCCCCGGCCGCGGCUGCCUCCGCGCUGCUGGACCCCAAGGGCCCCAGCUCCCAGCUCACCCAGGAGCAGCUGGCCGUCCUCCUCAACCUCCUCGGCCAGCCCAAGGGCGCCGUCAACCCCGCCCAGUUCGUCCAAGCCAUGAGUUCAAAGGUCAACCAGGAGACCCUGCAGCAGCUGUCCAAGGCCCUGGCGCCGGGCGAGCCGCCCGCCGAGUCGGCCCCGCCCCCCCCUCCUCCACCCCCCCAGGGCCUCCCCGUCAAGCCGCCGCCGUCGUCCUCCUCCUCCGGCGCUCCGAGCGGAAUGCCCCGCACGCCGCCGCUGCCCAAGCCCCCGUCCACGCCACCCCCCCCCUCCUCCUCCUCCUCCUCCUCGAUGGCGUCGGCCCCCGAGGGGGAGGCGGCGGCGGCCACACAGACGGCCAUGACCAUGCUGCUGGCCCAGCUCCUCCAGGCCCAGCAGGGGGCCCCCAGGCCCGAGCCCCCCGGGGAGGGGGCGGAGCCGCAGGAGAGCGCCGCCCCCCCCACCUCCUCCUCCUCUUCCUCCUCCAGCAGCUCCGCGGGGGCAGGUCCCGGCACGGCGGCGCUGCCUGCCUUACAGGACGCCAAGCGGCCGCCGGAGCCCCGUCAGGUCUCUCCAGUGUCUGAGGUGGGGGCUAUGCCGAUCCUCCCUCCAGACCAGAGACCCCCAGAGCCCCCGGAGCCCCCACCCCACGCCGACCUGGACUACCGCCAGGCCCCCCCGGACCUGAAGACCACCCAGCCCACGGCCCCGGUCACCCCCGCCGGGUUCGGGGACAGCUACAUGGGUCACCUGAUGGGCGGCGGUCUGCCGCUCCACGCGCUGAGGGAGGUGUUCAGCGGCGCCGGCCCUCCUCCCCCGGGCCCCGCCUCCUCCUCCUCCUGCAACACGGCUCUGUCGUUGUCGUCGGCCGGCGGGGCCCCCAUGGGGGUCCGCCCGGAGCCCUACCCCCAGAACCCCGCCGGGCCCCCCGGGGGCAUGGUGUUCACCGGGGACAAGGACCACCGCUUUGAGUACAACCACAGCCCCGGGGAGGGGCCGCCCUGCGCCCUCCCCCCCCACCUGUACAACCACGCCUUGGGCCGGCCCGACGGCCCACACGCCCCGGCCUGGGGCUCCCCCUCCCAGGCCGGGGCGCCCCCCCCGUCCCUGCCCCUGCCCCUCGGCUACGUCCCGCACGUGAACUCGACGGCCGCCCUCAGGGGGCGGGGCCUGCCGUUCUGAUAGGACGAGAGGGGCGAGUGAAGGGCGGGCGACAUCCAGGCGGCAGGGCUCUGAUUUAAAUGGAACGUGAGGAGGACUCGACCCGAGCACAUGGAGCCUCUGAGGCGCGGGGAGAUGCGUUCUUGAUUUGUAUUAACUUAAAGGCGGCGGCGUGUCUCUCCUCCCGUGUGGCCACGGAGGGCGCGGCCACACACACAGGCGGGCUUUUCUUGCUCGUAACCAUUUUCAUAUUUUUUUGUAAUCUAUUCUGCUGUCUUUUAAAUUAAACUUUUACCUACUUUGAGUGUACAUUUACCAUGCCAGGCAUAUUUUAAACCUCUCUAAUUGCCCAGGGGCCGACUAGUAUUAAAGGUUUUGCACUACUGACCCAAGUAGGCGGAGAACUAUUUUAGCUAUGAAAGGACGUGAACGGGAUGAGAUGACCCAACCACAUGUUCCCCCCUCCCUCUUGGGACGCGGUUGUCAAGGCGACCCGCCGCCUCCAUAUGGAUCCACUCCACUGUUCAGGGCGAAUCAAGUGCAAGCGAAAGGUCCAAAACGAAUGUCCAAUCGGCUACUAAUACGCCGAGCCCAGCCCUCCCCCACCCACCCAUCGGAGUCAAACAACGCUGCUUUUUUUUUUUAAACCGGAGAGAGUGGAGGACAAGGUGAUCAAUGAGUUCUGAUGGUGCUAUUAGUGGGAGUCAAGUGUGACGGCACAUCGUGAAGGAGCUGCUGGGCAGGGGUGGGCUCUGAAACACGUCUGUCUGGUCCCGCGUCGACAGGGAAGAAGCGGCAGCACUUGGGACCACUUGGAAGAACCAGUGGCUGCUGAAUGACUCGAUGGAGGAGGGCUGGAUUUGUACUGGUUUUUUGAUUCUGUUGUAAGUGGACCCAACACAUGAAUUAUGACUUUCAGACAGACACGCAGGCAAUGAAAGGUUGUUUUUGUUUUUUACUAAAAGUGUUUGUCCCUCCCCUGCCCUACCUCUUCCUUCCUUGGCAAAUGUUUAUUAAAGAAAUGCCAACGACGUUCUGUGGUAGUGCAUUUACUCAAGCAUCUUUUUGGGGGACGAUUUAUUGCGUGGAAUCAGAAGAAUGAGGCAAACGGUAUGAAAAGAAGGUAGUAUUCUCAAAUCUAGGGCUCCAUAGUGUAUGUGUAGUAAAGAAUAACAUUUAAUUAACGUACCAGGUAAACUUAAGCAUGGGGACAUGAUGGUUGAGUCAGAAUAAAUGGUUUCAGCGUCGUUAUGUAUGUGACGCAAUAAAUCCUCUAGAGGGCAGUGACUGUCGUUUCAAAAAUUAACGGCAUCGACAAUCGCAAACUUGAUAUCUGUAGAGAUGAUUUUGCUUUGGGUCAUCAAAAAAAAAGUGUAGGUCUAGGCGGCGGUGGCAUGUGACACCCCUCACCAACCCGCAGAUUAUCUCCGCAAAAUGUUGUUAAAUGACCAGUAACAACUCAUUGCCAAAGCAGGGUAACAAUAAAAUAAAAGGUCAGGUAUAUAGUAUAAUAUAAGUAUAAAACGUUAAAUACAAUAUAAAUCCAUAUCAGAUAUAAUACUACGCUAUCUAUUUUCGCGAAUGGUCUGACUUUUGACUCUAUACCGCUGCUUCGAUUUCCGGUGGUAUUGCUCCGUUUCUCCCGGAGCACUCCGGAUUCGUAAGCUCAGAGGCGACGGACCCAUUGACGGACGACACACCUCCGGGACCGGACGAAACGGUCCGUUUCCGUAUUUACCGUAGGGUGUGAACGGGGUGAGUUGUAACGCCACCAAUUCCACCAAUCAGGGAUAAGAUAUGAGUCAUGUGAAAGUUUCAGUCCCUAUACGAUCACUCAUGGACAUGUUCCACUAGUUGGUGUCAUUUUUCAAGGAGUUCCGAGAGAAAUCCAAAUUUUAAGGCAAGAAAGUAACUAUUUUUUUUUACUGAUUGUUUUCUAGUACUUUUACCGUUGUAGAUAAAGUCGUAUGAGUUAUAUCAGGUCAAACUAUAGUUUCUCUAGCAAAGAAUGGUGUAUCUCUCCCUUGAAAACGUCAAGCACCAUGCCAAUACAGCUAGUUUAGUAAUGGAUGACAGGGCGGGGUAGGUUGUAACGCAUGGUUUGAAAGUGUUCCAACCAUCCCCUUGCAUACAAAGUUGUUCCAAGAGAAGAUGUUGAAGAUGUAGCCCUGUUCUCAAAAAAACAACAAUGUUCAGCUCUCUCUCUCAAGGGACACAAAUGCACACACAAAAUAUAAAUGUUAUUAUUUUUACAUUUUGUUCAUAACAUUAAUAUGAUCUUUAUUCUCUAUGGGAAGAAUGGAUUGUAUGUUAUAUGAUUAGAUUUGUUCAGUAUCCCCAUAUGUUUUAUUCGAUACAUUUCAACAGUGUUACCCCUUAUGGGUCUUCAUGACGACAGAUACAAAACGACAGUGUUACCCUUUACGUUUCAUUUGAUAAAACGAAAGUGUUACCCCUUAUGUUUUUUUCCCAUGAUGACUGAUGAAAAACAACAGUGAUACCCCUUAUAUUUUAUUUGACAAGGACAAUUUUUUUUUUUUUCAAAUAUGUUUUUUUUCACGACGACCAAUAAAAUACGACAGUGUUACCCCUUAUAUUUUAUUUGACAAAGACAACAGUGUUACCCCUUAUGUUUUUUUUCUCAUGACGACCAAUAAAAAACAACAGUAUUACCCCUUAUGUUUCAUUUGAUAAAAACGACAAGUGUUAUCCCUCAUGUUUCAUUUGAUAAAAUCGACAGUGUUGCCCCUUUUUUUUUUUUUCAUGACGACCAAAGAAAAACAGUGUUAACACCUAUGUUUUAUUUGAAAAAUAUCGACAGUGUUACCCCUAAUGUUUAUUUCAUGACGGCCGAUAAUAGACGACAGUCUAUUGGGGAUCUGUCGACGUUAUUGCGGGGAUCCGAACCUGAGCUGUUUAGAGUGUUAACCUCCGAACUUAUAAAUGCACCAUCAAGACACCGAAUAAGGCAUCACAAUGGUUAUACUCGACUUUAUAAUGUUUUUUUCAUGACGACCAAUAAAAAACAACAGUGUUACCCCCUAUGUUUUUUUUCAUGACGACCAAUAAAAAAAAACAGUGUUACCCCUUAUGUUUUUUUUCAUGACGACCAAUAAAAAACAGCAGUGUUACCCCUUAUGUUUUUUUUCAUGACGACCAAUAAAAAACAACAGUGUUACCCCUUAUGUUUCUUUUCAUGACGACCAAUAAAAAACAA